AUGUCACCGGAAUAUGCAAUGAGAGGACGGUAUUCAGAGAAAUCUGAUGUCUUCAGCUUAGGUGUUAUACUCUUAGAGUUUGUCAGUGGGAGAAGAAACUCAAACUCGACUCUUUUAGCAGAUGCAUGGUCAAUCUGGAACCAAGGGGAGAUUAGUGGGCUUGUAGAUCCUGAGAUUUUUGACCCACUCUUUGAGACAGAAAUACAGAAAUGCAUUCACAUUGGGCUUUUAUGUGUGCAAGAAGCUGCUAAUAAGAGGCCAAGUGUUGCUACAGUAUGUUCAAUGCUCAGCAGCGAGAUUGCAGACAUUCCACAGCCGAAAAAGCCUGCUUUUCUAUCAAGGAACGGUGCUUCAGAAGCUGAGUCUUCCGAGAACAGUGACCUUAAAGCCUCUGUUAACAGUGUCACCAUCACUGAUGUCUCAGGACGUUAG